ACUGCAAAUUCUGAUAGAAGUUGGAAUAAUCAAGUAUUUAGAGAAGAGGAACCUUCCCAAAGUGGAAUAUUGUCCCUUAAACCUGAAAAGUACCGAGCGACAGCUGAAAAAUUCAGACUUGACUUUGACAUACAAAGUAAUCGCUGCCGGAUUUAUAUCUGCAUGCAUCAUGUUCAUCUAUGAAAUGAUCAGGCGCAGACAACAUGUCUCCUGUCUUUGUUGUGGGAAAAGUUGUUCCUUCUGCUGGCCUGGGAUAGAGACUCCAGAUGAUCCAAUACUUCCGCCUCCAGUGGUAUUACAAAGUGAAAACAACUACGUGGAAAAAGAGAGCACAAUUCGUCACACUAUUAAUCACAACUUCAAUAAUGAUUCGAACCACAACAAUAGCAAUCGUCACCCGCAAGUUGAGCAGAUUUCACUGAUUGAUGAAAGUAUUUAUGGAGCCGCCGCAUCUGCGCGGAAAACUUAUAUCAAUGGAAGAGAUUACUGGGUAAUUACUGCACCCAAAGGAGACAAACGACUGAUUCCGAUUAGAACUCCUUCAGCGCUGCUGUUUCAGUACACGACAUGA